GACCUCAAGUCCUUUCGUCUCGAUCAAGCGAGCGCCGAGCUUGUACCGAAAGUCGUUGCAGAAAAUGACGUUCUGCGCAGCUUCAAUUUAACUCACCCAGUGAUCGAGUUGGGAAGAAUUCCGAAAGCAGUCUUCGAUUUCUGGCUUCCAGCGUUCACGAAAAACGAAACGCUUGAAGAAACCACGCUGCCCUUCGGAAUCUGUGAGCCGGACCAGUGGCGAAACUUUCUCCGGACGUUGGCUGGGAAAAAAAAACAUGCGAAAGGUGGCAAUCGAAGUGACGGUAAAUGAGCAAACCAAAUUAGAAACGCUCUGCAGAGGACUGAAUCAGUACGGUGUGGUGGACAGGUUGUUCUUGGAGCCUGUCCUAGUGUGUGACGCACAGGACAUGUUCAAAGGCAAAAACUAUGUGUACGUAGCGUACGACAGCAUGGACAUGCUUGAUUGCGAAGCCUUUAGAGAGGUCUGCAUGUCAAGCCACGGUGGUCAGCCAAAUGUUCCACUUCGAAAUGCCAUACGUUUGUUGUCCUCGCUUUCUCACAUUACAUCUGUCACCAUAGAAAUAGAACCAACCGACUUAGACGCAGUACUGGCUUCCACGAUCGCCGAUUAUAUUCAAACUUCGAGUACUCUCAGGAAACUGCAUUUGAGCUCGUGGUCUGAAGAACCCGGGCUGACAAGCAGUGAGCAUCACUGGAAGACCGUAUUCGAAUCACUCUCUAAAAACAGGACAAUAAAAGAACUCAUCCUAAACGCGACGCACUUAAGCAGUGAAGAAAUUUAUAGCCUCGCGGACGCCGUCAAGUCAAGCAGGAGCAUCCGGUCUUGCGACUUCGUUUUCGGAGACGAUUUUGAUUGGAUUGAGUUUUUGAGAGUUUUUGGCCAUGACAUCGCCGACAGCUACAGCAUCACGAAUGCCAGCUUGUGGGUGGAUCGAAGCUACCCGGACGAAUGGGAGGUAACCACAUGGCAGGUGACUGUUAAGUGGUGGUUUGCUGUUAUGGACACGGCGCGUCGAAACGCCAGCUUGGUGUCACGAGCUGCCCAAUUUCUGUCGGGUCCUCGCUGCGACAGGUACUGCUUCAGUGCUCUAGAACAAGUCUACCAGCAUCCGCCACUGCUCGAACAUCUCGCCGAAGUGAUGUCCCUCAGCGUUUCCGACACGGUCUCGAUGGUUCGAGAUGCGCGCAGGAGCGUGCGAGACGUGCACGGUUUCAUGAGGAUCGCCGGAGUCGUCAGGGAUCGAGUCGUGUGCCACCCGCGUCAGGACGGCCACAUGCAGCUGGACGACCUCGACGAGCACUGCUGGAGCCUGGUUAGGCGUUUCUUGCAGUUGGACGACGUACUCGUCGCUUGUGCCACGUCGUCAUAAAUUCUGCAUGCCAGAAUAUACAUUUUGUGUAUUGGAAAGACAAGUUUUUUCAAGCUAUCUGCCGAGUGUGAUCAUUUAUCAUUUUGAACAAGGGCUCCCGUACGUAGCCAAUACGGCAGAACUUUCUACCAUGGACUGUGGAGAUCGAGGUGCCUUUCCGCGUCGCAUCCCCCGGCUCAAGCGCGGUGUUAGGGCCAUCCGCAAAGCACCAUCUCCGGGAACUGCGCCCCAGCGUCAAAAUGGCGGACAUGGCUAGCGCGCAGGGCCUACUUUCCCGCGCAAGCCAUGCAUCUGCCUGCGAGCAUUGGGUCACAUGCGUGGACACACGACACCGUGACGAGCACCGAUUGAUCUGUCCGUAACAUCCCUGGCGCGGCUUUCCUCCAACAUAUGUAGCCCAGAGCGUUACCUUGCUCCACAGGGCCGCUACACACCUUAUACUAGUUUAUCACGUGCUUCCGCGACUUCUUGUGCUCGGUGGACCGCUGCACUCGGUUAGCUUGGCACAGUGGCAGCGCGCACUCGAAUGGUCUUGCGGCAUGGCCUCCGGGAUUCUUGCGGUGACCCUCUGCGCGCAAGCCGUGACUGUCGCACUUUGUUGUAUCCCGAGUUAAUAAAACCCUGCUUGUUGGCGAUCUGA